UCCUCACAAUUAAAACGCAUAUGCCCCAAAUCGAACAAAAGAAGAGAGAAAAGGAGGGGAGGGGAGCACGGCGAAUCGAAGCGAAGCAAAGCAGCUCGCGCUGUUCAUUUAUUCGCACCAGACGAGACGCCGCCGGCCACACCACCGAGCCUUGCGCGGACAGACGAGCAGCAAAGCAGAGGCAAGCGCCCAACCAACUAAACGGACCUCUCUCUCGCUCUCUUUCUUUCCCUUUCGGCCUUUCCCUUCCUGCGUCAUUGGGAUCCGCCCGUGCUGCGAUCUCGCCGUGGGUGGAGCGCCCCGCCCCGCCCCGCCCCGGCCCGGCACAUGGAUCCCCGCCGUCGCGCGGAUCGCGGGGAGUAGCCGAGUAGGUAAGUAGGGAGGGAGGGAGGUUCUGUCGAGGGGGGGAGGAGAGGGGUCCCGCACCGGCUCCGGGGGGGUGAGGGGAGUAGAUGGACGCGAACGCGGGCUCCUUCGUCGCCGUCCGCCGGCUCGCCGGCUCCGAACGAGCGGCCGGCGCCGCCGCCUUCCACCACUCGUCUUCGGCGGAGGUCGUGACGGGGUCGACGGCGUGGAUCGGGAAGGGGCUGUCUUGCGUGUGUGCGCAGAGGAGGGACAGCGACGCGCGUCUCUCCUUUGAUUUGACGCCAGUUCAGGAAGAGUGCCUACAGAGGUUACAGAACCGGUUAGAAGUUCAGUAUGAUAGCUCAAACAGUGAUCAUCAGGAAGCAUUGAAGGACCUCUGGCAUGCUUCUUUUCCUGGAGCUGAGCUACGGGGACUAAUAUCAGAACAAUGGAAAGAGAUGGGCUGGCAGGGGAAAGAUCCAUCUACAGAUUUUAGAGGUGGAGGCUUCAUCUCCUUGGAGAACCUAGUGUACUUCUCCAAGAACUUUCCAAAAUCUUUUGAGGAGCUUCUUCGGAAGCAGAAUGGUGACCGUGCAAUUUGGGAGUAUCCAUUUGCUGUCGCUGGUGUAAAUAUAACAUUCAUGCUCAUCCAGAUGCUUGAUCUUCAAUCAGUUAAACCAAGGUCAUUCAUUGGAGCAGUUUUUCUAAAGCUACUUUCUGAAAAUGAUCAAGCUUUUGACAUUCUCUACUGCAUAACCUUCAAGUUGAUGGAUCAGCAAUGGCUUGACAUGCAUGCCACUUACAUGGACUUCAAUACGGUCAUGAAGUCCACACGACGUCAGCUAGAAAGGGAGCUCUUGCUUGAAGAUAUUCAGCGGAUUGAGGACAUGCCAUCAUACAAGCUUUUGGCCCGCUAGCUAGUAACUGAAACCAUAACAUGGCUACCUGCUGCAAGACUUGAGUUGCUAAAGGGUUGCAACUAGUGCCCGCAAACAGUGAGAAUUCCAAUAUGCAGACGCACUUGUAUCCUCAAGUUUAGGUACUCUGUUAACUUGUCUCCAAAUUACAAGAUAGAGGUUUCUUGGCCAUAGCACGCCACGUAGGGUAACUAAAGUGUCCGAUCAGCUGCCAGGGCAGGGUAUUUAUAGGUUGGGUGUGUUGUCACAGUUUGGUUGAUGCUGUCAUACCACGAAAUGAAGUGCUUCUAGGUUUUUCUUUUCCUUUGUAAACAAGAGGCUCUUGUGAAAGCUAAUCUGAGUGUCUCCUGUAGUGUACCAUAUUUUCACAAUUGAUAGUGCUCAGUUC